AUGCUGUGGCCAAAAACAAAAAAAGAACACCCCGUGGGAGGGAUGGCGACGACAACGGCAGCCUCGAACCGUGGACGCAGGGCUGGGACAAAGGUGCGCUGCAAGCCGUGGACGGCGACGGAGGAGGCACAGCUCCGAGCGCUGGUUGACGCGGGCACCAAGGCGCAGCAACAGAAAAAGGCGAUGUGGGUCGAGAUCGCCGCACAGUUGGACAACCGCACCGUGGCGAGCGUCGAGCAGCAUUUCUACUACAUGGAGCGACAGGAACGCGCCAAGAGCGGCACGCCCGUGACCGGCGGCGGCUCCGCACCGAAAACAAAGUCAAAGGUCAGCGCGUGCGCCGCCGCCCAGCCGUCAGCGUCCAAGAUUGCCAAGGUGGAGGCGACAAAGGGCCGGCAGAUCAAGGUCGAGGACGCCCUCGCGUACGUCGACCGGGAGGCGGAGGCGCAGUCGAUCGACACGCCCGGCGCCCUAGACCGCGUGCUGCAGCUCUUCCACGGACACCGCGAGCUCAUCCUCGGAUUCAACGCCUUCCUCCCGCCGGGGUACAAGAUCGAGUUCUCCGACGACGAGAAGGCGCCGCGCGUACAGCUCAAGUACCCGCACGGCGUCACCGGCCCUCAGCCGCAAUACAACCCGCUGGCGCAGCCGCCCGCGGCGCCCGCGGAGGAGUACGUGGACGAGGACGUGGCAGAGAUCAUGCGACGGCUCGAGAAGUGCGACGAGGAGGGCCGCUGCUUUGAGUGCAUGCGCAAGCACCGCGGAAACUCGCUGCCCUACUGGAUCCGGCACCCGGCCGAUGAGAUGCAGGAGAUCCAGGACGUCGAGUUCUGCUACGAUUGCUACGAUCGCGUGCGCAACGCGCGCCGGCGCGAGCUGGGCAUGUCGCAUUUCUCUGACGACGACGGCUGCGACUCUGACAGCGACGACUCCGAUCGCAGCGACGCCUCUUGGGAUUAUUGA